AAAUUGCUGAAUGACGCGUUUUGCGCGUUGCAGUUCCAGAAGCCACAGGAGCAAUAUCCUCCAUUCCGCUUCGGCACGGUGCCCAACGGCAGCACGGAGCGCAACAUCCGCAGCAACUACCCCGAGAUGCACUCACACAUGGUCAAGUACAAUCAGAAGGGGGUCGAGGAUGCCCUCAACAGCCUCAAGACCGGGAAGCUAGACGCCUUCAUCUACGACGCUGCCGUGCUCAACUACAUGGCGGGAAAAGACGAGGGCUGUAAACUGGUCACCAUCGGCAGCGGCAAAGUCUUCGCCACCACUGGCUAUGGCAUCGCCUUGCAGAAGGACUCGCGAUGGAAGAGGCCCAUCGACCUGGCCCUGCUGCAGUUCCUCGCUGACGGUAAUGGCAAUAUUUCUCAUGCUUGACCAAUCU